CCACACUAUCUCGGAAACUUCCGUCGUGUGGUCGUCGUGCGUGUGAUUAACUGGUUCAAGGAGAGAAGUACUUACUGCUCACAGUCUCGUGGAUGGAAUCUGAGGUUUACGGGUUUUAGCGAAUUUACGGGUUUUAUUCUUCAGACAUACCUUUUUUUUUGUUCCGGUCUGAAUCAAACUGUGUCUUCCUGUCCUGAUCUGACAAAACGAUCAUCUUGUUGAAUAUGGGCUUGUUGAAGAAAAAGGAUUCAACUUCUGCUAGCUCCUCUACUUCACCCUGUGCUGAUUUGCGAAAUGCUUACCACAACUGCUUCAACAAAUGGUAUUCAGAGAAGUUCGUGAAAGGUCAAUGUGAUAAAGAAGAGUGUGUUGCUGAGUGGGAUAAGUACAGACACUGUCUCUCGGAGAAUCUAGAUGGUAAACUUCUCACUCGUAUGUUGGAGGUCGAUGCUGAGCUGAACCCAACAAAGCAAAGCUGAUUCAAAAGAAUCCUGUCAGUGAGAUACUUUAUGUUUCACCAUUACAUUUGUCUCUUUGAAACAUUUCCGUUGAGCAACUUUUUUUUAAAAAAAAUAGGAAAGCAUACGAAUC